GACUGCGGACACAGUACAGGAGAUGACCAGAGACUGCGGACAUAGUACAGGAGAUGACCAGAGACUGCGGACACAGUACAGGAGAUGACCAGAGACUGCGGACAUAGUACAGGAGAUGACCAGAGACUGCGGACAUAGUACAGGAGAUGACCAGAGACUGCGGACAUAGUACAGGAGAUGACCAGAGACUGCGGACAAUGUAAAGAGAGAGAGAGAGAGGGGGGAGAGAUAAGGAGGGGAGAGAGAGAGAGGAGGGGAGAGAGAGAGAGGAGGGGGGGAGAGGAUAGAGAGGGGAUAGAGAGGGGGAGGGAGAGAGAGGGGGGGGGGGAGGGAGGGAGGUGGUGGGAGAGGGGGGGAGAGAGAGAGAGAGGGGGAGGUGGUGAGAGAGAGAGGGGGGAGAGAGAGAGAGAGAGGGGGGAGGAGGGGGAGAGAGAGAGAGGAAGGUGGGAG